CCUCAAGAAGGGUGCGUGCUACGGGGACGACGCGUGCUUCGUGGCCCGGCACCGUUCAGCGGACGUACUUGGGGUUGCAGAUGGUGUAGGAGGAUGGAGAGACUAUGGAGUUGAUCCGUCUCAGUUCUCAGGGACUUUAAUGCGGACAUGUGAACGGUUAGUAAAAGAAGGACGGUUUGUCCCAAGUAAUCCCAUUGGAAUCCUCACCACAAGCUACUGUGAGUUGCUGCAAAAUAAAGUACCUUUACUUGGUAGCAGUACUGCCUGCAUCGUGGUGCUGGACAGAACUAGCCACCGAUUACACACAGCAAACCUGGGUGAUUCAGGCUUUCUGGUUGUCAGGGGUGGCGAAGUUGUGCACCGAUCGGAUGAGCAGCAGCAUUACUUCAACACUCCAUUCCAGCUCUCAAUUGCACCACCGGAAGCUGAAGGAGUCGUCUUGAGUGACAGCCCAGAUGCUGCUGAUAGCACAUCUUUUGAUGUCCAGUUAGGAGAUAUUAUCCUGACAGCGACAGAUGGACUCUUUGACAACAUGCCUGAUUAUAUGAUCCUGCAGGAGCUAAAAAAGUUAAAGAAUUCAAAUUAUGAGAGUAUACAACAGACGGCAAGAAGCAUUGCUGAGCAAGCUCAUGAGCUGGCCUAUGACCCAAAUUAUAUGUCACCUUUUGCACAGUUUGCAUGUGACAACGGACUGAAUGUGAGAGGUGGAAAGCCAGAUGACAUCACCGUCCUUCUUUCCAUAGUGGCUGAGUAUACAGACUGACACACCUAGGUGUCAAUUUCUGCCUUUCCUUCCAUCAUCCCAAAUUUUCCCCAGCCGUGUGUACUGAUCCUGCUGGCAGGACCACGUUUCUUUGCCACUGAUCUCAAUGGCCAGUGAUGUAAGCCUUUUUGCCUGUCUUUUUGAGACCCCAUUGAGAUCUUUGUUAAGAACCACUACUGUCGUUCACUAGCUCAUAUCUGCCAGCAACUUUGAAGAGAAUCAAGAUUUGAAGAUUGGCCUUCACUUCUCAUUGUCCUUUCCAUGAUGGGAUGGGAGGUUUUCAAAGCUAAAAUGGCUAUUACUUUUCAAAAAUGCUUGAAGUAUUGAAGAAAAUGAGUAAUGUUGGUAAAGUGAAUUCAAAAUUACAGUGUGUAAAAGUCUAACACAAAUUCUAUGUUAUGGUACAUCUCCUAGAAACAUAUAUUAUUCAUCAACAGAAAUGUAGAAAUGUUACACGUGUACUAUACAGUCUUUGUUAUGAUGAUUGGGUGUGGCUUUGUGUUUUCAUUAUAAACUCCUAUUUUUCAGGGGCUUAUAAUUCUGCUCUAAAACAUUGCUCUGAAUUAUGAAAUCUUGA